AUUCUCUCUGCUUUUUUUUCAUUCAACAAAUCACCAACGCCGGAAUCUUAAAAAAAAAAAACUCCGGUGAAAACGCAGUCGUAUAAUGCUCAAAGCCGUACAGAUCCUGUGUUGCUCUUCGGGGUUAACCAGAUUGACGAAGACCCGCAACUCCUCCACCGUAAAGCUCUCAACUUUCUCCUCCUCCUCCUCCUCCUCUCCUCGGAAAACACUCUGUUUCAACCCGACCCGAAUGUCUUCCUCCUCGCUUCCCGGGUCCGACCCAGUUCCAAAGUCUCCGACUUUCGUCUCUGGCGAUGUUCGGAAGAUAAAGUUCUGUCAAUGGUGUGGAGGCCCCACCAAGCACGAGAUACCCGACGGAGAAGAGAAGCUCCGAGCCAUCUGCACACGCUGCGGCAAAAUCACUUACCAGAAUCCUAAGAUGGUUGUAGGCUGUCUUGUUGAGCACGAAGGAAAGGUUUUGCUUUGCAAACGCAACAUUCAACCUUCACACGGUCUGUGGACUCUUCCUGCUGGUUAUCUUGAAGUUGGAGAGUCUGCUGCGGAAGGAGCGAUGAGGGAGACUUGGGAAGAAGCUGGAGCUAUUGUUGAAGUUGUUUCGCCUUUUGCGCAGCUUGAUAUUCCUCUUAUUGGUCAAACGUAUGUUAUAUUCUUGGCGAAGCUGAAGAAUCUUGAUUUUGCGCCUGGUCCUGAGUCAUUGGAGUGUCGUCUCUUCGCACUAGACGAGAUACCCUUUGAUUCAUUGGCGUUUUCGUCUAUUUAUGUUACCUUAAAUCUGUAUUUGGAAGAUCUUAGGAAGGGGAAAGUAAAGUUUCACUAUGGUACUAUAAAUAAAAGGCCUGGAAGUAGUCCUUCAGAUAUUCGAGCGUUUAGUCUUGAUUACCAUUUGCAGCCGUGAAUAGAGGAAGGAGCAGCUUCUGGAUUUUUGAUUCAUUCUUCCAUGUCUGUGUCUUUUCACUUUCAGAUGUUCAAAUGUUAUGGCUGAACAAAGUGUUUUCUAUUUUUUUUGUUUCAGUUGUUACCCCAAUUGUAAAAGGAAAACUUCAGAUGUGAAUGCAAAACAUUUUGAUCAA